AUGAAUGUGCCUGCCAAGAUCCCCUUGGUCAAGUUGACCAACGUGCGCACUGGUAUCAACUGCAACAACACAGUGGGCCUGCUCUACACUCGACUCUUGCGCGCCUACGCGGACCUGGACUGGGAACUGUGUUGCUACCCUGCUGAGUGCUCCGAAUCCAGACGAUCGAUCCUUUGCGAAAAUGACAUGGCGGAAUUGUGGAAAGUGAACAAGGCUGAGGCUUUGCACAAUGCUCGGGAAUGGACACGUUUGUUCGCUGGCGGUAAAGAAUCCUCGUUGCUACCUUCGCCUCCGGGAAGUGGUUUCCCACCGUUGUACAAUUUCAUCAAUUUGGUUGUGUUUAAUUGCCUCGCUUUUCUUGCCGCCGCGUCCCACGCAAGAGCAAUGCUCACAGAUCCAGGAGCAGUUCCGAAAGGUAGCGCCACCCGUGAAAUGAUGCAGAAAAUGGGUUUUGAGGAAGGCGAUGUCGUUUUCAAGUGUCCCAAGUGUUGCUCUAUCAAGCCGGAACAAGCUCAUCAUUGUUCAUCAUAUAGAUGCAUUAAAAAGAUGGAUCAUCAUUGCCCGUGGGUGAAUAACUGUGUCAGUGAAAAGAAUCAGAAAUAUUUCGUUCUGUUCACGUUUUACAUUGCUGUGAUAUCUGUUCACGCCCUGUUCCUUCAGUGGCGGGGGGCGGUUUUCAGUGAAUACUCCUCUCCAGCAUUGGUGAUCUUCAUGCUCUUUUUGCUUAUUGAAGGCCUAUCAUUUGCAAUUUUCACUGCGAUUAUGUUUGGUUCGCAAAUCAGCGCAAUAUGGAAUGAUGAAACGGGAAUCAAAGCAUUAAAAAAAGAGUAUGGAGUUGGACUCGUCAGGCAAAGUGGAAGAGUGUUCAGGCUGUAUUCAGGCCAUUUCCGCGGCCGUUUUCUGCACGGGUGUCAUCAGGUGCUUGUGGGGUUGUUGGUGAACGGGUUUGGACUGGACACGAGUGACGCAGACAUGUGUCUGAUAGUGUCCAACUCUCUGAUUGACCAACCAGCGGGACUGGGCACUGCUCAUCCUCAAGGAAGUCAUGCUGGUGUUGCACAGUAUUCUGGAUUA